GGCUGCCCCUGCUUCUCUCUGCUCAUUUCCUCUGGUUUUUCAGCCAGAGGUGCUGGAGACUCCAGUCUAUAAAUAGCAGGUUACAGCUCCUUCUACACGCACACACGCGCGCAUCUCUAUACACGCACCCAUGCGCGCACACACAAACACACACAUACACACACACUCCGAAGGAGGAAAGUCAAGCUAAAAGUCUGGUGCUACUGCCUGCCUACACCUCCGGCCGCCGCUGCAAGCCCCCAGCCCCAUCUCCCACUGGAGAGAGCCAAAAGAGAUGGUGUCAUCUGACAGGAAACCUGCUUCCUUUUGUGAAAAAUCAGACCAAGAUAUAAAGUCUGGACCUGUGAUUUCAUUGGAGUAGAGUCUGCUUGGAUGAGGAAUCUCCAAGGCAGGAGUCUGAGACCAGUGAAGUUAUCAUCCUAGAGCAGUUUUGUAUUAAGGAGUACAAGAAGGCACAUGCAUCUAUAAUUCUCAUGCAGAGCAUCAUUGAGGAGUCCCACACCUGUACCCAGAACCCACAGCAUUGUUAAUUGGUAAUACUGAGCACCUUCACUUGGGCUGUGAAACUUGGAAAUUUAAAGGAGUUGAAAUAAAUCCCUGAAAAAGUUAAGCAUGGAAAUCAAGGAGGAAAAAACACCAGAAGAGCAGCAUUUUCUUCCAUCAGCCCCAGCAAAUGAUAUGGGAGAACUCCAGUUCACAAGUAUUCAAAAGGGCGCAAGUGAAACCAAGCUGGAAUUUAGCCUUGCAUGCAAGGAUCUGGUGGCUCCUACCCGGGACUGCAAGUUGAACACCCUGGUCCAGAUCUCCGUGAUCCAUCCAGCAGAGCAGAGUGUGACAAGGUACUCCAGCACCGAGACUGUUGAGGGAACAAGAAACCCACUGUUUCUGACUGGUGUGACAUUUCCACCUGAAUACCCUAUCUAUGAGGAGACCAAUAUCAAGCUAACAGUCUAUGAUGUCAAGGAUAAAUUUCAUGAAACGUGCUUUAAUCUGUGCUGCUGCCUGCGCUCCUCAAAUGGAUAUGGGGAAAGAGAAAGUAGAAAAUUCAGGGAGAUUGAAGGAGGGUAUAGGGAGGUCCGCACCAGUGUCUUGCCUGAGAACAAGGAACCACGGUCAGAUGUUGGUCGGAGCUUCUUGGGCUGUGCUAGUUUUAAAGUAGGGGACCUGCUGAAAUCUAAGGAGCAACUGCUAACCCUUAGCCUAAGAACUUCCGAUGGUGGAAAAGCUGUUGGUUCUAUAGAAGUAAGCCUUUCGAAGAUGGGGGAGAUAGAGGAUGGGGAAGCCGACCACAUCACAACAGAUGCGCAGGGACAAAAGUGUGCAUCAGCCUGUGAGUGCAUAGCCCCAGAAGGCAUUGGUGGCAAGGACAGCUCACUUUUCUUGAAUGAAGUAUUAAAAAAUCCAGUGUUUAAGUUAUAUAGAUUCCCCACAUCUGAUAACAAAUGGAUGAGGAUUCGAGAGCAGAUGUGUGAGACCACAUUGUCUUUUCAUAUUCCUAAGAAUUUGAUCUCCCUUCACAUAAAUGAGGACUUGAGAAGAAACCAGGAGCUAAGGGAUCUUGGUGAGCUUGCACCACACUGGGACAAUCUACGCAAAAACGUUCUUGCUCACUGUGAACAAAUGGUAAACAUGUAUCAGGACAUUCAUACGGAACUUGGGAAGCAAACAGGGUCUUCCUUCAGAUCAAGCUGUAGCAAAGGGGAGAAGACAUUAGAAUUCGUUCCAAUAAAUCUGCAUUUGCAAAGAAUGCAUGUUCACAGCCCAGAAUUGAAAGAUGCAUUAUAUGAUGUCAUCACAGUAGGCGCGCCAGCAGCACACUUUCAGGGAUUUAAGAAUGGUGGUCUUCGGAAAUUACUCAAUCGAUUUGAAAUGGACAGGAGAAAUACUGGAUACCAAUUUAUUUACUAUUCACCUGAAAACACAGCAAAAGCAAAAGAAGUUCUCAGCAACAUCGAUCAACUCCAGCCUCUUAUAUCAACCCACGCGGAUCAGCUACUUAAUUCUGCCAGGCAGCAUUCUCCAGACAGCCUGAAGAAGUCUUUAAAGUUGCUUUCAGAAAAAACAGAGCUCUUUGUGCAUGCCUUUAAGGAUCAGCUGGUCAGAAGUGCCCUUUUAGCUCUCUACACAGCCAGGCCAGACUAUGUCCUCAAGAAACCAGCCACCCCCAAGAACACUGUGGAAGAAAAGGCUAACUCUCAAGAGGGGUGCCAGACUUCCAUCCAAAGGCAGGACUCGAUCCCACAUCACUCUGACUAUGAUGAAGAGGAGUGGGAUAGGGUUUGGGCCAGUGUGGGAAAGAGCCUCAACUGCAUCAUUGCCAUGGUGGAUCGAUUACUUGAACAAGAUGGUGGUGUCAAAAGCAACAGCAACGAUGGAGGCAGUGGUGCUAGCCCUGAAGACAACAGCAGCAGCAAUACCAAAGAUGGUGAACAACAGGAUCCUUCACAAUCAGAGAACAUCAUAGAUCACACAAGUGAUGACUGGUAUGAACAGCUGUCACCUCUAAUUCUUAAUCUAACGGAAUGCAUGGAUGAUGUGGUGAAUAGGGCAAAGCAAUCUCUGAACUUUGUUCUUCUGCAAGAACUUGCAUGCAGUUUGCCACAGUGUCUGAUGCUUACACUCAGGAGAGAUGUUGUCUUUAGCCAAGCGCUUACAGGAUUGGUCUGUGGAUUUAUAAUGAAAUUACACUCAAGUUUGCAUGAUCCUGAUUUCCUCCAACAGCUUCACUUGGUAGGCUUGAUUGUACAGUAUGAAGGACUACUAAGCACAUACAGUGAAGAAAUUGGAAUGCUGGAGGAUAUGGCUGUUGGCAUUUCAGAUUUGCAGAAAGUAGUCUUUAAAAUAACUGAAGCCAAAUCCAAUGAUUUCUUGCCCAUUAUAACUGGAAGGCGUGAACAUUAUGUAAUAGAGGUCAAGCUUCCAGCCAGGAUGUUUGAGUUGCUGCCGCUAGAGAUUAAAGAAGGGAAGCUGUUACAUGUGUACCCAGUCCUCUUUAAUAUUGGAAUCAAUGAACAGCAAACUUUGGCAGAAAGGUUUGGAGAUGUCUCUCUGCAAGAAGGCAUUAAUCAGGAAAACUUUGAGCUCCUUAAGGAAUAUUGCCAGUUGAUUACUGAAAAGAUGCCUCCUAGUUGGCUACACAAUUUUCAAGAACAAAAUGAUCUAAAAGGAUUACUAGAAAAUCUCCAGCAAAAUGUCCGGGUCAAAAAGAGAAAGAAUGUAGAAAUCAUAUGGCUGGCUGCAACGAUUUGCCGCAAACUCAAUGGGAUUCGAGUUACUUGUUGUAAAAGUGCCAAAGACAGGACGUCUAUGUCAGUGACUCUUGAGCAGUGCUCCAUCUUGAGAGAUGAACAUCACCUGCAUAAGGACUACUUCAUCCGUGCUCUGGAUUGUAUGAGAAGAGAAGGAUGCCGCAUAGAGAAUGUUAUGAAGAAUAUCAAAUGCAGAAAGUAUGCAUUCAACAUGCUACAACUGAUGGCUUUCCCCAAGUACUACAGACCACCCGAGGGGACAUACGGAAAAGCUGACUCCUAAGCUUCCCCCAAUGUAAACAGGAACACAAAUACGUUUCAACGGCAUAAAAAUACACUUUGGGGAGGGGGCAUUAAUGGGGGACAUGUGCACAAACUUAGAAAUGGCUUGAAUUAGUUAUCAAUACAGUAAGUUUUAAGGUGAACUAAGAUUAUUCUGGUGGUUGGCCAUUAUUCUGGUGGUUAAGGUGGUGGGAGGGCAGUCCUACUAUACAGAAUGUUCUAUCUCAGGUCUAAAAUGCAAUGUCAGAAACUUUGAGACAUUAGUUUGGACUCACUGUUUAGCAUGCAUUCAGAAGGUCUCUAACUUCACAACAUGGCACUUGAAUGAGAAAUAUUCAGAAAGCCUUGGUAAUUUGGCAAGAGAUACUCAUCAUGUCAUCACAAAACUCUUUAAGGGAUGCUAGCACAGAGCUGAUGCCCAGACACUUGGAUCUCCUAUCCUAAAGCGUGUAUGUGUAUACAUAUGUGUAUAUCCAUAUAGACACACACACACAUCCAUCACUAAUAAAAUUGUUCCACAGAAAAAUUUUCCAGAAUUUGCACACUUGUUCCAAGCACUCCCUGUGUUACAUUGAUAUAAACAUGAGUUGGCUGUGUACAGUAUCUAGCCCUCAAACAAGAGGCAGAAGCAACAUUCAGAGUCCAUAGAUACAUCUGUCACCAAACCUCUUUGUUCUUGGGACAAACAUCUUUAGGGCAAAUAGCAGAAACCAUGACUAACUCUCCAGGUCAGAACACGCACUGUCUAUGCACAUAUGCACAAUGAAUGGCUACUUUCUGGGGGAGCUAGCUAAGCAGAAGAGCUCAUCUAAGUUUUGCCUACUAGAAGGAGGAAGAAGGUCAUCUGCCUAAACUUUCUAUUUCCCCUCAUUGUUUGUGCUUCCUAGAUGCUAAGCUCAAUCAUUUCUCCUUGCUCAAGGACUGCAAGUGUUACUGACUCCAACAACCCUGCACUGGUCAGAGCUAUGAUGACACCAAUGGAAAGGAGUUCUUAACUUUUGGGGUGUCAUGGGUGCCUUUCACCAUCUGGCAAAGCUUACAGACUUGUUCUCAGAAUUAUAUUUUUAAAUGCUUAAAAUAAAAAUAAAAUAUGUGGAAUUAAAAAGGAAACAAAUAUAUUAAGAUAAAGUUGUCAAUAUCUUUUAACAAGCCAAUUCACAGACCCAAGAUUAAGAUGCUCUCCUUGCCUUCGAGCCAAAGUAGACUGUUUCUUUUCCAACUGAAACUUCAAGGAAUGUUUAAUAUUAGUAGCCUGUUGCCAAAUGGAAAAUUCCUGAGGAACUCAUUUCUCCUAGAGUUUUGGAUUCACUGGGUUUGGGGGUAGGUUAUUAAUUAUAAGCCAAGUGCCUCCAACUGUCUCUUAGGGACUUGGAUAAUAGGUUCACUGUUUAAAUUUCAUACACUGUAUAAAUAACAGUGUAGUUGUAUGAUAGAAGUAAAUACACAAGCGGUAUUUUCUGCAGGAUAAACUUAAAUGGUUUUCAUUUUCAUCUGUAUGACAAAAACAUUUUUUGACCUAGAAGAAGCUAACCAAACCAAAGGCUCAUAUAGAUGGAAAGAACUUUAGAAAGCACAUUUUAUUCAAGUAGAAAUUGCAAAAAACAUCUAGUUGUGUAUUUUCUGGGCAAAAACUGAGCCCUGGCAAGAUUAUGGUCAGGCAGCAGAGCUUGGGUUAUUUAUUCAAGGUUAUAGUGUCAAAGUUAGGACUAGAGUUUGACCCUCGUGACAAUCUCCUAGGAAGGCCACAGAGAGCACUGGUCAUUUUAGGGGACUAAACCACUGGCCUGAGGUCCCGAGUCUAACAUGUUGAACAGAAAAGCACAUUUAUUGAUUCUAUUUGAAGUUAUCCUUUUCACGAGCUAUGGACACUUCACAAAAAGGUUAGCCUUUAGAACUAGGAAUCCUAAGAACCUAUGAAAUAGAAAUGUAUUAGGGAUAAUAUACAUUCAUUGUAGACUCGACUCUAGGGGAAGUAACCUCUUUUUGUAUUGUGGACACUUUUGUCAGCCUGAUAAAAUCCCUUCUCAGAAUAAUAAUUAAAAAUAUGUAUGAUUGCAAAGAAAAUCAGUUAUAUAGAAACAGAAUUAUAAAACUUUUAAAAAUCUAGUUUAUUAAUUUCAGGUUUAGAAACUUUGUAUCUCAGGGCUUUUCAUUUGAAAUAUGUCUUAUUUAGUAUCAAGGUUUCUAAUACUCUACCUGUCUAGAAAUCUGAUUCCUCAAUGAAUAUUUAUUGGCUUAGUAAGCUUUUGAGUCAAGUAUCAGUAACAUUUAAUAUUUGGGCUUAUGAGCCAGAGCACUGCAAAAACAUUAGUGUUUAUCUCUCCAGUCCAUUGCCAGGCUGAUUGCGCUUAAUACCUAAUAGGCAGCCCUCCAACAAUUAGCUUCUAGGUCUCCAAGCCUUUUGAUAGCACUCAGUCUUCCCUUAUGUUAGUUAUCUUUCAGUGGUGCCAACCCCCACUAUUGAUGGGAAUACCCAAAUGGGUGAAAUGGCAGUUCCCCACACUGAUGGGAGCAUCCAUGGGAGCACAUCUUUGAAUCAUGGGAUUAUGGUAUAAAUCCAUAGGGAGGUUUUGAGUGAUUGUCCCCAUAAUCAGGGGAUUUCUUUACAAUGUGGAAUGGUAGAAUGAGUGCCACAUUAGAUGGUAACGAAAGCUAUAGUUUCUGAAUGUGUUCUAGUGCCACAUUCAAUACAGCAAACUGUAGUCCAAAUUUCAAAAGACCUACAUCUAUUGAUUAUAAUAUUGCUGAUCAAAUGCAUUGUCAUUUUUCACUUUUGAAAGUGAAAUGUGUUUUCCACGAGAGAAAAUCCAAGACUAGUAAGCUAUUUUCUUCUUUGCUCAGACUUGAGAUUUCAUUGGUGCAAGGAGCUCCCUGGUCUGGAAAUGCCCUCCAAUGAUGCAGACCAAUGCACCCUGUAAUCUGAAACAUUUUGUCUGGGACUCUGGGAAGGUAAAUGACUUUGCAAUGAUCACAUUCCUAAUAUGUUAAGGGGCAGACCUUGAACUCAGAUCUUUUUGAUCCCAAGGCUUAACCCUCUGUCUUCUAAGACAUGCUGCUUGACCCAAUAAGCUAUGUUCAAUAUUUUCAUAUUCUGAAAAGAUGCUAUUUUUAUUACAUUAUUUUUCUCCUUGUAUUCAUUUAUGCUAUUUCAGUGGUCUGCAACCAGAAUCCAUAAGUUUCAUUAUUCUAUGUAGGCUUUAGACAAUUAUUAGCGUAUUGUAGAAUCCUAUCAUUUAUGUUAUAGGAAAGUUUGGUGUGUUUUACAUUUCUUCUGAGCACAUUUUUAAAAAUCAAGUUCAUCAUGAAAUUUCAUACUUAGUUCUAUUGCUGACAAACAUUUCAAAACAUAUCUCAGGAAAACAUUUUUUCCAUUUUUUUUAUUCCACAACUAUUCUCUAUCCUAUUCUCAUAGGUUUUCUGUUUUGUUUUGUUUUGUUUUUUAAGCCAAGGAGGAAAUGUCAAGCAAAGUAUUUCAUUAUAUCUUUUAACCUUCCCUCUUAAAGUUAUCUGCUAGUAAUCCUUUCUGAGUCUGACAUUUGUGAUGCAGAAAUCACAGGAUUAUAAAAUUGUAGAUUGAGAGCUAGAAGAAUAACAGGAUAAUAAACUAAAAAUCAUUUUACAGACAUUGAAACUGAAGUGAAGUGACUUGUCCAAGGUCACACAAGUAGUAAGAAGUAGUACUAGAACCCCAAAUCAGGGGAUCUGACUUUAAAUCCAGCUCUCUUUUCACUGUCCCAAUGAAUGGAAUAAUUAUAAAAUGCUAUAUUUGGCUCAUAAUGUGACCAUACCCUUAUCAUAUCAUAUAGUUCCUAGAAAAUACUGAUUAAUUCUGCAUCAGUUAUUUAGGACACAGGACAACUUUACAAUCAAUACAGAGACAAUCAAGAGGGUUUUUUGCUCUUUUUCCUAGAAACUUCCCUUUUGAACAAACAUGCUAGUGUGUGUUUGGCAUUGUAACCCAGUAUAUUGGAAUUCACCUAUUCCAACAGUAGGUAAGCUUUCUCUUUUUAGCCAUACGCCACAACCAAAAUAACUAAUUGAUUUAGUUAAAAAUGUGGUUAAAGCUGUCCUUAAUCAAAUUGCCAAGAAUCACAGAACUUCAGAGUGAGAAGAAACUUCAGGGAAAGACUGGUGUAAAAAGAAUCCCUCCUUGAUAGCCAGCCCACUGUUUCUAAGGCUUUGUUUGAAGAUCUCAAAGGAAGGGAAAUUCACUUUCCCUGAACUGCCUGCCUGGUUAGGCCAGGUACAAAAGCCAAUACCCAAUGAAAGAUCAUUUUAAUCUUCAUUUUGAUGCUAGUCUUUUCUUCUUUCUUCUCUCAAAUAAGUCAUUCAUUUUUGCCUAAAAUGAAACUCGUUGCUAAUAGAAACCAUUAUACAUUAAUGCAUAAAGCAUAAUUAUAGGUGAAAAGUUAACCUCCUGGUUUGAUUUUAAUGAUUUCAUUUUCAUGAUAAAGAAACUGAGGUCCAGAGAGAGGAAGUUAUAAACAUAGCUUUCUUCCACAGUCAUUUUGGUAAUUUCUUUGGCUCAUUAAAUAUUCAAUGCCCCUUUGGAUGGUUCCACUUUUCAGGGUACAACAGAUAAUGCCUUAGUCCUAAGAGUCAGGAAGACUUGAGUUCAAAUUCUGCCUCAAAUGGUUUCUACAAAUCAUUUCAUGAAGGGUUUAGGUUGACAUUUUAGGUCCUCAUGCUCUAAAUCUAUGAUCCUUUAAUCGUAGAACUCCAAGUAGUAAAAUCCCAAGAAUUACAUAAAUUACUAUAUUUUAUGUGGAUGUACUCAUAGAAAUAACAACUUUUAAAAAAUUACUUCAGGGUAAUAGCUGGAUGAUUCAGUGGACUAAGAGCCAGGUCUAGAGACAAGAGGUCCUAAGUUCAAAUCUGAGAUCAGAUACUUCCCAACUCUGUGUCCCUGGGUAAGUCCCUAGGGUAAGUAACCCUAAUUUCCUGUCCUGUAUAGCUUUUCUGCCUUGAAAUCGAGGCCCAUUAUUGGCCCAAGACAGAAAGGAAAAAAAAAAUUCUUCAGACUGUAAUUCCUUUCAAUGAAACAGACAGGACUUUUUAAAUGUGAUCCUUGGUCUUGUUUUGUUGUUUUCCAUUAGAAAAAAUCCCUAUGACUUAUAAUGAUAUUUGGUUGCUAUUAAUGAUCAUGCUAGAGACAAUUGGAAAUAUUCCCCAACUUUUUUGCUCUCUGUCAUACUAUGGAGAUUUUAGCAUCUACAAUAAACAAGCUAACAUGAACAGGACCACAACUGAAAAAAAAAAAGACUCUGCCUUCACAGUCUUUGGAAUCUGAUUUUUUACAUUUGCCUGCUUAGCAUUUGCUACAAGGUGGGGAAAAUAAUAAUGUAUUAGACGACUCAGCUUCUAAUAAAUACAGAUCAAUCACUAUGCUACCCAAACUGUUGGUUUAAGCAAAUUAAACUCUAGCUAUCUGCUAAAUCACCCCAGAUAUUUUAGGUGCUUGAUUUCCAAGAAGUGCAGGGCCUCAUUUGUUUAGUUUAAUAGAUGUGGUGUCUUUUGUAAUCUCUGAGGAAAUAAAUUAACUUUUAUCACUGAGUUUAAAAAUCUAGUUGGAGAAAAACUACGAUCAGCAGUUACCAGUAAGGCAAACACAUUGAGCACAAGGCAUUCCUAAUAGCUGGGAGGCUUAAAAAAAAUUAUAGACUACAAAAAGGAAUGAUUUGCUGUGAUACGUUUAGUUGGCAGACAGUUUGGAAAUGAUUUCACAUCAGUGCAGCACAUCCAUAACCCAAACAAGCAAGACAUUUUCCAUAUUGAUGCUUCUGGGUCUUCCAUGGGGGAUUACAAGAGCAAACACUAUGGAUUUUGUCUUUUCUUCCUUUGGCAGUUAUUAAUGGGAGCUUUGUGGCCAAACGGGUGUUACCAAUGAGGACAAAGCCCUCUAAAAUGGGGGAAAUAAAAGGAAUACUUAAGUGAAUGUUGAGGGACCCAUUAAAGCAAAGAUCCUGGGAGUCUGAAGUUUGUCUCUACACUUGUAGAAGAUGGCAAACACUCUUUGGAUUCUGUUACCACAGAAGAUACAGAUAGGUGCCUACAGCAUUUGCAUUUUGAAACAAGCAAGUUGUUGUUUCAAUAUCUGCCUAUGUUAUGUUCUCGCCAUAGAUGUAGGUGCAGGCAAGCAUAGGAAAAACAGUAAGCAGCCUAUGUCCUUACAUUAUCACUUUUUCAAAUGUGAGAAAGAGGAAAUGACCCUAUGUUCGUUCAGAAUUUAAUAUGUAAAAAGAAACGAGUUACCACUUAGGAACGAUAACCAGAAAAACCAGAGAGGAAAAACAAAGCCAGAGAAGAUGACACUGAUGGUGCUAUAAACUAGCAUGGUGAAGGCAGAUCUGGCUUCAGAGGUCUCCCUGUGAGCAAGUUUGGUUCUUUAACAUGGAGGAUGACCUUUUCAGACCUAAAGCAGAACGUGUCGGCUAAUCAUCACGAGCAAAAAUGCUUCAUGGUUACUCUGUGACUCAAACUUAUUCUCAGACCAAAAAAAAAAAAAAAGUCCCUCGCGGCAGGAUCCAUCUCCAUUGGUCUCUGCUUCAUGGUUUUGUAUAUGUCAGUAGACUAAGAUUUACGAUUCACAUCAGUUGCUUUAAGUUUACGCCACUGCCAGUAUUAUUUGUGCAUUCAAUUUGUAAUCUGAAGUGAUAGUAUGCAUUAAGGAUGCUAUUUGUGCAGCGAUUGAAAGAAAAUUUGCCCAAAGGGAGGAAAUGGAGAACUUCUCUAUUUCAUAGGAAAGUAUAGUACCCCUUCAGCAGGAUCACUUCACUCAUUAGUGUCCCCUUUCCAUUUCAUGCACAUGACCUUCUGUACAUAUGUACUCCGACGUGAGUAUUCUGUUAUUUCGUAUUUGUUUCCUGUGCCCAUUUUCUGAUUCUUGUGGUACUAUCCAAAAGGCUGCUUUGGCCCUUGUUAUCGCUUUGGGUCCAUAUCUAUUCCAGUUAAACUGACGAUGUGUUUUUCUACUUUAGAGAAUGACGCACAGAUACAUAAGCCAUCUUCUCAUUGAUAUUUUAAGAACUCUUUUUGUUUUGUUCGGUGUAAGCCAUAUUCAUUGUACACUGUGUGUAUAUUUUUGUUUAAAUAAAUGUGAUUUUUAUUUUUUA